AUGGACUCGGUUAAGGAGAUAUGGGACACACUUCGCAUCAACCUUGAAGGCACAAGAAAAGUCUGUGAAGGAAGAAUUUGUGCUUGGAAGGAGAGCUCAAUCGAUUCAUCAUUCAUGAGAAUAAGACACCACAAGAGGUGUAAAUAUAUAUUGAACAAGAUUAGGUCACUUGGAGGGGAGAAGUGGAGUGACAAAGAUGUAGUUGACAAGAUACUAUCAGCCUAUAUGGCUAGAGAUGUCAAUUUGCCAACCUUGAUUAGUGAGAAGAGUGGAUUCAAGAGGUUCACCCCCUCCUAUGUGAUUGGAAGAAUAGAAGAGCAUCUCGUCACAGUAAAGGUAGCAAAGAUAUCUCAAGAAAUGUCCAAGGUUCAUGAGCAACUAGAAAAGAACAAUGGUGUGGCUCUUAAAGCAAGCAAGAAAGAAAAAGGAAAAGCCAUAGUUGAGAGCAUUGCAUCAAGAAGAGAAGAGAGUGAUAGUGAUGAAGAUAUGGCAUUGUUCAUCAAGAGAUCCAAAAGAGUCAUGAGGCAGAUGGAUAUUUCAACAAACACAAGAGAAGAAGCAAGAUCAAGAGGAAGUCAAACAAGGCAUGCUUUGGUUUUGGGGAAAUUGGGUGAGAAGAAGGAAUUUGGCAAAGGAAAGAAGAUGUUCAAUGGUGAAGCUCAUAUUGGUCAAGUGUGGGACUCAAGUGAGGAAUCAUCCUCCAACGAUGAGGGUUUGGCUACAAUGGCCAUGGAGGCUCACACCUUGAAAUCAUCACUCUUUGGAAAGCUCACCGAUGAAGAAGAAGACUACACUCCCAUAUGUCUCAUGUCAAAGGCCAACAUUGUUGAGAGGUGUCGGUCACUUAACAAGAAGAAGGCGGUUCUGGAUGCCAAGGCUGAUACGUCCGUGCAUUCACAACGGCUUCAUCUUCUGGAGAAGGAAUUAGAAGAUCUCAAGGCUAAGGUCCGGGCCACCGAGCAGCACAUCCUAGAAGAAAAAGACCUUAUUGCCAGCUCCAAAUGGGAAGCAGAAGCCCUGACCGCUCAACUGAAGGUAGAUCUUGCGGAGCUGAGCGCUUUAAGUAAGCAGGUGGUGCCAGGAGUGGACAAGGAAGAUGAAGCAGUGAUUGUUGAAGCUGACCAUGUCCGUCUUGAGGCCAUUGCUGCCAUCAACGAGUUCCUUCAAUAG